AGCAGAGACCCUAGAAACCCGACGUAGAUUUCAUCGCCGGAGUAAUCCAAACUCUCAGCAAUUUAAAAAGUUAAUUUCCAUUUUCUUGGAAGCUAAAUUGUCAACUUAAUUUACUCAAUAAGUUGCAAACGAAGUGAACUGACAACUUAGUGAUCCUCUGCAUAUCAAAAGGAGAAAAAAAAGGAUCUUUGAGGUUAUAAUAGAAGCCGCAAUCUGAAUUGUGGGUGGUCAUGUACCUUGUUCGUGAGAAUCUAUUCAUUGGUGACAUUAGCGAUGCUGCUGAGGUUCUCCAAAAUGGCGGAAAUGAGAUCACUCAUAUUCUAUCCGUGUUGAGCUCUGCAUCAAUAUCAUUUUUCUCCGAAUGGCGUAGUGGACUUGUUUUCCCUACGAAAGAGAUUAAAAAGGUUUAUGCAUGUGGGUCUGCCGGCACUUCAACUUCUGAUGAGGAUUCCAUUGAGGGGUCAAAGAGUUCUUUGUCCCCGGAUAAGCUUUUGUAUUCACUGGAGUAUGCAGGCAAGGACUUGAAGCUGGUGAGGAUGGCAGUGCCAAUUAGAGAUAUGGAGAGUGAAAACUUGCUGGAUUAUUUGGAUGUAUGUUUUAACUUUAUUGAAGAAAGUCGGAAGGAAGGUUCUGUUUUAGUGCAUUGCUUUGCAGGAGUCUCACGUAGUGCAGCUAUCAUUAUGGCAAACUUGAUGAAAACGGAACGGUUAUCUCAAGAAGAUGCACUUGAAUCCUUACGACAGAGCCGUGAGACUGUUUGCCCUAAUGAUGGGUUUUUAGACCAGUUAAAAAUGUUUGAACAAAUGGGUUUCAAAGUUGAUCGUGCUAGCCCCAUAUACAAGCGUUUCCGCCUUAAAGUAUUGGGUGAUUCUUAUAAUCGUGGAGAGAAAAUAGAUAGUUCUAAGUUUGGGGCUGAUCCUGGCUUGCCAGCAGAAGCUCCUGCAGAAGUAGAAAAAUCUCCAGUUAGAGGAAAAAACAGGGCACCGGCAUACCGCUGCAAGAAAUGCCGAAGAGUUGUUGCAUUGCAGGAAAAUGUUGUGGACCAUGUUCCAGGUGAGGGCGAGACAUCAUUUACAUGGCACAAGAGGAGGAGUAGCAAUCUAUUUAACAAGUCUGAUGAAUUUGAGUGUUCUUCUAUUUUCGUUGAGCCUCUGAAGUGGAUGACUGGAGUUGAAGAAGGUGCAUUGGAGGGCAAGCUUUCCUGUGUUCAUUGUGAUGCCCGCUUAGGUUACUUCAAUUGGUCAGGUAUCCAAUGCAGUUGCGGGAGCUGGAUCACCCCAGCCUUCCAGCUUCACAAAGGCCGAGUGGACAUCAGCACUGUUUAAAUUAUACUGUGGCAAGAGCCUAUCAUCUUAUCCUCCCCAAAGAAUUGCCCCAUGCUUUGCAGAAAUAAGUAAGGAAUAGGAAUUGCCAUAGAGAUUCCAUUGUGAUAUGAAAAAUGCAUCAAAGAAACCUUUAUGACUCUUCUUGCACAAGGACGUCGUGAGUCUCGUGACUAGUGAGCAUCUGCAGCUGGAGAUGCGAAGCAUAAUAAAUGGCCUUGUGUUUGCAGCAUGCAAAUUACCCUUUUGACUGGUUCCCAUUUUGCAAUUGAAUUUGCGUUAUUUGUCUGAAUUUUAUGGUUUCACUACAUUUUUACUGGACAGAUUACAAGGCUGGAAUGUAUUACUAGAAAAGAUUCAGUUUUUGAAUUUUCCAAA